ACAGGUAGGGUAUGAGUGCGCGCACUUAGGUGUGCCGUAGGUUACGGCAGAAUUUACCUACUUUUCUCCUACAACUUUCUUGAUAGUUUAGGAUACACUACAUGGGAGGGAUUGCAAUAGAUGCUGUAGAUUUUCUCCAAUUGUUGCAACACGUCUGUUUUUAAAACUCUGCUCGCUAGCCGCCCACCUCAUUCAGCCGGUGGGGUGGAGACUUUAGACAACACGCGGAAGUUGAGUUGAAGAUCGAAACAAAAGACACCGUGAACUAUUGUAGAGAGAAGUUACUUCACGAGUAAUUCUUUAUUGCUGAUUUAACCCAACAAUACACCAGUAGCAUGGCGUCGGUGGACCAAGUCUAUAGUUCAACAACUGUACCGGAGACCAAGUCCAGAAACUGUUUCACAGUGCCAAAUGAGUUUUUAGGUAAACCACGGUGUCUGAUAAAACUUGUUGAAGUGCUCCUGUCGUUUGUAGCGUUCAUCCUGGAAGAGGUGGUGACAAACUGUGCGAGUUGUGGUUCACUCUACUUCUUUGAGUUUGUCAGCUGCGCAGCCUUCCUCUUCACAGCCCUGCUCCUCUUCCUCCUCACCACCAAGUGGCAUACAAGAGUGGGCAUCAACUGCUGGUCUACUCUAGAUUUUUGGUACACUGCCGUGGUCUUGGGCUUGUUCCUCUUCGCCUCCAUCUUCUUUGCUGCUGACAAUGGAGGGACGGACCUGGAGAAGGCUGCAGUGGCCUUUGGAAUCCUGUCCUCCAUUGCUUUUGCAGUGGAUAUUGGGAUUUUUAUAAAACUGGAAGGACUUCCUUUCAGAGACCAGACAGUCAUAAGGAACAGGGAUUCCAACAGCGGGCCAGCAGAAGUAGAGAAACUCAACACAGAAGAAUAGUUCACACUACUUGUGUGGAGACCACUCGAUAUUGCAUCAAAAUGGUUGUAACAUUAUGUAUUUAACAUUGAUAUCUAAAGGACAGAGGGCUUUUUAAAUUACUCAAUUUUGAACCUGUUUUUUUCGUCCAAAACAUUCCCUGUGAUCAUUCCCGGGUUGAUAUUUUGUUCGGAGCAAUCCUAAUUUGUAAGACAUGUAGUGCUUCCUCCCUGUGAUCAUUCAGCUUUCCCUAAGCAGUGACCAUGACCUCCCAGACUGACUUAAGUAGAUGGGCUUCUAUCCCAGUGUAUCUCUCUCUGUGUUUGGUUCUGCUUAUCUCACACUUAAAACACAGAACUGGAAGAACCCAAUUUAUACACUAUACAGUAUAAAAUAUUUGUAUUUUCAUAUUUUUGAGUUGCUAUUGUUAUUUAUAUUUUUGAAAAACUACACAAAUACUUUUUAAAUUGUUUUUAAAUAGUUCAUUAGGUUUGUAAAAAAAAAAACACAAAUCAAAACUUUCAAUCACAUUGUUGAAGUUAUAAUUUAUUUUGGCGUUUAUACUGAAAUUGAUUUGUCUAUAGAGAUUACAACUUGUGUGUUUUAAAUGAUGUAUUCUGCUGUCUUAGACUUGUCUAAGGCUGUUGACCAGCCAUACCCAUCGCCCCUAUUGUGGAGUUACACCUGGAUGGCAAGCAGAUAUAUAGUGAAUACCAUUCUGUUGGGAUUCCAUCAUUUUCUUUUCAUCAGCAUGACCUUGUGUGCCUUAAUGAAUAUAGCUUUGUAUGUGAAAGUGUGGAGUAUGCUGAUAUUCAGACCAAAUAAAUCUGUGUCCCUAAACUUAAGUUUACAUUUAUGUAAGAGGCAGUGAUGUCAGACAUGUUCAAUAGAAAUGUUUGCCCCCAUUUUUGGUUUGUAUUUAGUUGUGCCCAUUUUAUUGCUAAUGUUAUGCCCAGUACAGGAAGGGACUGCAAUACGACUAGACAUGCUAUUGCCAUCUGCUGGAUUAGGGAAAAUUACCAAAAUAUCCGACUAACCGAGCUUUGCAGCCUACAUUUUUUGGGGAAGUGAUAAAGACGAUAAAGAUUUCACACGCACUCAUAGUCCAUAGUUGUGUUUUUUGGAUUAGCUUGUGAUUUACCUGACAGCAUGUUGAUAUACUAAGUGACUUUGCGGUCAACCUUGCCGCUAACUAAAGGAGAGCAUCACUGUCAAGAGACUGGAGUACAUGGACAACCAAACCCCAGCUCUCUUAGCCUAGCCAGUGUGUCAGAAUGAAGGAUUCAUUUAAGGAUUGAUGGGAUGUAAUGUAAAUUUAAGACUACUGACAACUGUCUUGUGAAAAUCUGGCAAAAAAACAUGCUGUUAAGUACCAUGUUAAAUGUGUGAGUGGCUGAGUGUCAUGUCAGUGUGGUAGUGUAGUGUUUGUUAGAGAGAUAAUCUAUUGGAUGCAAGUUAGGUCACAUGGUCUUGAGGCUGUAAAUCUAUAAGUAGGUGUCCCUUCUCUGUAAACUGUACCUAUCCACGUUUAUAUCAUACAAUAAAUACCUGAAUUUUG